AUGGUUAAGUUCAGGACGGAGAACGACAAUGGCUUUAAGCGGCUAGUUGGAGACCUGAUGAGGUGGGAUGGCGAGACCAGAUCAACGACAGAUCCAAUCUACAAACCAAGUUACUGUUUGCCAUUCGUAAAGAAUAGGCGGUUUGUCGGACGAGCCACUAUACUCGAGACACUCGAGAAGAAGCUAUUCAGUCAAAAGUGCGAAGCGGUGGCACUCGUUGGUCUGGGCAGUAUUGGAAAGACUCAGGUGGCAUUGCAGUUUGCGUAUUUGGUUAAGGCGAACAAACAAGGAUAUUCGAUCUUCUGGGUAGCAUCACUUAGUGAAGCGAGUUUUGAGAAGGCGUACGCAGAAUUGGCUCAGGAGCUUGGCGUAAAUAAAAGCAAAGAGGACGAAGACGUCAAGGAUCUGGUUCGCCGUCACCUCCAUUCGGAGAAAGCUGGAAAGUGGCUUCUCAUCGUAGACAACGCGGAUGAUAUGGAGGUGGUGAUGGGAUCGAAUGAGAAGCGCGGCAUAUAUCGGUAUCUUCCCGAGAGCGAGAGUGGCCGAGUGGUAUUUACGACACGAUCGAGAGAAGUGGCUGUGGCAGUGGCCGGGAGCCAUCUUAUUGAUCUGCGAGAGAUGAGCCAAGAAGAGGCAACGGUCUUCAUGGAGAUAUCGUUGGCUCGGAAGGAACUGCUUCAGGAUAAAGCAACAACUGUAGAGCUCCUUCGGGAACUUACGUAUCUUCCACUAGCUAUUGCUCAGGCGGUGGCAUAUCUUAACCAGAACCAAAUCUCCCUUCGAAAAUACCUGGGACUGUUACGGGGAACGGAACAGAGCAAGGUGAGCCGAGAGUUCCACGACAGGACGCGGUACGAAGGUUCCCAAAACGCGGUAGCGACGACAUGGCUUGUGUCAUUUGCUCAGAUCCAAAGAUCUGACAAGGCUGCAGCGUCCAUAUUAGGCCUUGUGUCCUGUAUCGAACCGAAGGCGAUCCCGCGGUCGAUUCUGCCGGAAGUGGGGCCAGAGGAAGUUAUGGAGUAUGCGAUUGGGACUCUCCGGGGAUAUGCUUUCCUGUCGGAACGAGGAGAUGAGGAGAUGAGGAGAUCGUCAGAGCACGAACUUGCAAAGGCAUACCUAGAUGACAGACGGAUUAAGGAGGCGAUUGAGAUCUUCGAGCACGUCGUGGCGGUACGAAAGAGGACGCUAGCGGACGAGGACCACUCUCGAUUGGCGUCAGAGCACGAACUCGCAAGCGCAUACCUAGACGGUGAAAUUGUGAAAGAAGCAAUCCAGCUACUUGAACAUGUAGUGGCUGUGGAGGAGAACGUAUUUGGAGAAGGCGAUCCUAAUCGACUUAUGUCGCUAGAGUUGCUUACGGAUGCGUAUACGAGAUUGGAAUCCGGUUCUAGACCCGAUUAG